CUUCCGCUACGCUGACAACCCUUUCUGCUUCCCUCACCCUCGCUCCCACUCUUGUUGUUUAAGAACUGCUGCUGCUGCUUGUAAACAAAAAUAUUGCAAAAUCUGAAUGUAAAAAGUGUGCAACCUGAGGCCGGAAGUUAACCAAAUGAUAGCGCAGAGCUGAGGCGUAUAAAAUGGACAAUAAGAAGGACAUUUACAACUUGUGGGUGCAGUACACAACCAAGAAUGACGAGACGUACUUUCGGGAAUUCGUAGCGCGUUUUGUCGCCAUUUGGCGCAGUCAGUUGCAACUGGACUUCCAGGCCACAGAUUGUCCAUUAUGGAAUGAAGUGCAAACGGAUAGUGGCCCACAUCUGGGAAGGCUGCCCGAUGAGCUACUGCCGGCCAUUGGAAAGUUUAUUAUAGUGGCACGAGACGGCUGUGAAAGGGAUACGCUGAAGGAAGAGGCCAUUGAAGAGGUCGCAAUUCUAAUUGACUGCCUAGUUAUUGUGUGCCGACACUUUGACAACAUUUUGUCCAUUAUUACAUAUGAGUAUAAACCGAAUCUAAUCGCUAUACUCAGUGGGGUUUUCAAGGCACAAAUGGAACAACAAAAAGCUUCUGCUGCUAUGACUCAUUUGUUUGGCAGUUUUUCAAUGUUUCUCGAGGUAAUGUACGAUCCCUACCUAACGUGGCGUAGUUUCUUGCGUGGCAUAAUCGCAGACUACAGUCGCUUAUCGUAUAAGCCACAUGCGGUGCACGUCGAGAUCGUGCCAUUUAUAUAUGACUGUUUUCAGAACGAAGCGUUGCUCAAAUUUGCCGAUAUCGGUGAAAGUCUGCUGCAUGUGCUUGGCGCAGUUAUUUGUGGAUCGCAGAAAACUAUAAAUUCGACUUCGACAAAUACUACUAACGUUAUAACUUCUUCAAAUGCCCUUUCUGUUGGUGAUGGGCUACUUUUAAGCUGUGAUAACUUGCGCAAUGGCAUGCGUGCCAUUUGCCCAGCGACGGUGUCGAUCAUCAUGCGAAUAUUGGAACAGUGGGAGUGUGCGGGCAGCUUACGGUCAGUGGCCCUGCACUGUUACGCACUGAUGGUUAUCGUAUUGCAGAAAUCUAGUCCUGAAGAACGCCAAAUAGAUCUAGUUACCUUAAUCCAACAUUAUUGUGAUGUGCUGCGGAAGUUGCUGGCGACGACAAACUUUGACAGCGGAGUGGCAAACUUUGAAAUUGCCAGCGACAGCGAAACUAGCGAUGUGACCAUUGAUAUGAAUGCGCUAUCAGCAACAGUGGGAACAAUGCAUAUAUUCCUGGGAGAUGCGUCCAAUGAGGCCAUUGUGUGCGACGCAAUCAAUGAAACUAGCCUAUUGGAUUUACUGGUCAGCAUACCCAAGCUCAUCAAGCAGUGGCACAUCUCACACACCACUGUAUUGUGUAGCACAGUGAACGCACUGGCUGCCAUAUCAACGUGCUCGCCACGCACAGCUGAUCAAAUGCAGACAGGCAGUAGAAUUGACAAGGUGUUUCGCAGCAUACGUGACCUGGGUCCGCCACCUGAGAGUCUGUUGGACUCGUGCAUUGGACUGGGUUACAGCGCAAAGAACCAUAUUUUGGUGCUGCCCGAAGUUAUAUUGCAGAUGCUGGAUUGGCUGCCUGAGCUACAUGAGCCUGAACAGACGCAUGUCAGUGCACUUGUUCUUAAAGCAUGCACAGACAAUUACGGAACCAAAAACAUUGCUUGUGGCAGCCGCGUUAUCAAAGCGGCCUGUACUUGCCUCUUGCGAUACGACGUACUUAGCGAAGCGGCCAUACAGAAUAUAAUCAGGCUUAUUGAAGAAUUGAGUAAGGUUAGCAUUGUGCCCGUUGAGCUGAAGUGCAUAUUUGCACUACUGCGUCAAGGCUCGAAAUUUGCACAAAGCAAACAGUUACAACAGACCCUAGUCGUGAUAUCGCUGCAAAGCUUGCGGAACGCCAACUCAUGCUCGCAAUAUUUCACCAUUGAACGACCACACGAUGGCAUCGUAGUGCCUGAUAUAAGAAACUGGACAAUUUCUGGCUCCUAUGGCUUCAUAUUUCACAUACUUGUGAGGUUCAACGAACAAAGCUCUGACAAAUUAGCGACUAGAGAGCAGCACAACUACCGACGCAUGUUACUCAACCUGCAGACCGGUGGAGGUUGUGGGUUUGAGGUUUUUGUGCAGCCCAAUGGAAAUGUUGUUGUUGCUGCACUCACCAAACGCGAGUAUCUCACAUCGGCCAUAACUACAAAGACAUUGCUAGAUGGACAGUGGCAUUAUCUAACAGUUGCCAUAACGCCACCAAAAAGACCAUUCUCGUAUAGCCAGAUAAACAUCUACGUUGACUUUGUGCAAAAGCUAAGCGCCACACUGAAAGUGCAGGCUGUAAAUGAACCAUUUACCUUUUGCUCAAUUGGUUCAAUGGCCGCACCAACCAGACAAAGUGAAGGAACGCAUGCAGCAGGUACCAUGCCGCGUUCCUCUUCACAGGAAACUGGACACAGUUACAAGGGCAUGCUACCCAGUCUGCUGGAGAGAACACUGUCCACGAAUGUUUCCAACUACUUCACGUUGCCUAUGCGUACACAGACGACAUUUGAUCCAAAUGUUAAGAACUUUCCGAUUGGCAUGCAGGACACUGUCUUCGGCGAGCGGUCUUGCUUGCAGGGACAUAUCGGUGGUGUGCUGUUGGCCGACCCGACUACCAAUUUGAAAACCAUAUUUGAUGCCGGAAUGAAUUUCAGCUCAAUCUUCUCACAAGACAAUGAUCUGCUUGAGCUUACCUCGCGUUUUGUGUUUUGCUAUGCGCCUGGUGCCUAUUGGAACGGUUAUUGUCAGGAUCUGAUACCAGGUGGAAGGUUUCCUGGUCGUGUUCACGCCCAGUCCUGUAAGGUCGUCAAAAUACAGGACACUAUUAACAGCAUCGGUGGCAUCAAUGCAAUCCUACCCAUACUCCAUAGGUUGGUAAAGGAACAACCCGACAUUACCAUAUCAUUCGAUGAGUCGGAACGACAAGCAUCGCCCAGUUCGACAGAGGCGCUAAAGACGCCCUCGGCAGAAGAGUUCACCGACUGGGAAAUGCUCUCUUCCAAUUCGUACACCGAAUGGAAGAUGAUACAGAGCCCCUUGGCCAGUUUCCUGUGCUUUCUGCGCUAUUUGGUUCACGAGCACGACAACAAUCAGGAACAUUUGCUGAACAGCGAAUGCCUUGGCAUUAUCGGCACCAUGUUGCAAAAAUGUCCACCAACGCUUUUCGAUGUAAACUCCUUGAUGGCAACGCAUCUGCUAAUGGAAUCCCUGCAGGCACACAAAUCCAUCGGCACUCACAAUGGCUUAUUGUUGGAUGCGCUUUAUGCGCACAUUGUCUUUAAUUUCGCCAUCUGGUCCCGCCUGCAUUUUAACAUAACUCUUGCCCAUGCGCAGUAUCUCAGCGCCAUGAUCAAGAACGAUCGGAAAUUCUUUCGCAAGCGCUACGGAGUCCAAUAUGUGCUAGAUGUUGUGCGUCAAUACUACAGUACCCCCGACAAUGUAACGAGCGACGAUGCCAAGACCAUACGCGCUACCUUAUUUAGCAUUGUCCGGUUCUAUUUACAAAAGGAUGUCAAUAUCAAGGAGGUGAAUGCAAUGAUUGCCUUCCUAGCAUCAGUGCGUGCAGAGCCAGUACUCGUCGAGUUUUUGGAAAUGAUGACGUUCUUUGUGCGAAUUAAAAAUUGCAAGGAUCAAAUGAUACUAUUGCUGCACGAGCCGCAGACCGCGAACCUUUUGUACAAUAUGUUUGUGGACAAAUGCUACACAGCUGAGAUUCAAGAAGCCGUCGUCCGGUUUAUCAGCAGUCUGUUAUCAACGUCGCGUGUUCAACAGAAGUACAAACAGGUAUUGCGCCUAUAUGAUCAGAGCAGUGAUCAGAGCAUGUUUCCGGGCUUCUUCUCAUUUAUUACGCCCAUGUCCCUAAGCUCUACCAUAUUAUUUCACAUGGCAGACGAGAUGCUUGGCGCGCAGCCGGACUAUGCCGGCCUCAUGUUUUUGGUCUACCAUGUCAGCAGCUGUGACCUGCAAGUAAAGCUGGAGAUCGCAAAGCGGCUGUUACAAACGACUUUUGUCAAACAGCAUGCCACGGUCGCAAUAGCUAAACAAACAGGAUGGCAGGAAUCCAUAGCGCGGUUGCUGAUUCGUAAACCCAUUACUAGCACACAACCUGACGAAGAGAAACGUCGAAGCUUUGGAAUAAACAUGGACGUACUUUUGGAGGACAAUUCGAGUUUCUUGGCACAAGCUGAUCUAAUAACAUUUUCUGAUCAAGAAAUAAGCCUAGCUCAGCUGCAACAGCAGCAGCAGGACGAUCAAAAUGAGAGUGGCCUUAUGCUAAAUGAAAUUCAGGCUAGCGUUUCCGAGGCUGCCACGGUAAUUGAAAGCGAAAUUAAGGAACUGGCCGAAUCUGUUUCAGGCGCUGUGGUGGAGAACGUGAAUAGUGUAUUUUCGGUUAUACGACAAACCACACACGACAUACAGGACACCUUCGAGUCGCUGACCUUGGGAACUUCCACAGAAACUGAUGUCUCGAAUGUAUCUCUGCAGCGUACGGAAUCAGUCAGCUCCGAAAGCUCCACACAAUCACCGGCACUGGCAAAAAUAAACGAUUCGAUGGAGAGCACCUCAGCCUUUGAUUUUGUGGCCGAUGGUGAUGUUGAUACCGAAGAACAGUUAGUUUAUCUUGUAUCCAACACGCUAUUCAAUAUAUUUUGGCGUGGUAUUGGUAACGAUCAUCCGCAGUGCUGGAAAGAACGUGGUCAAGUUCUGGGCUGCAUAAAUUUGCUGGCUUUAAAUAAUGAACUGAUCACCUCACAUUUAUCGCUACGUCUGCGCAUAUUGGAGAUGGCCGUGCAGGCGUCGCUCUUCGAUCUCUCCGAGCAUGGAAGCCAAACUUUGAUUAAUCAGGAAAAUGCAUCGCAUAUUUUACGGAUGGUAUACGAGCUCGUUGUUCUGGGAUCUAAUGAAGACGAGUCGAAGAAAUGUUCGACCAAAUUGCUGGAUGGUGUGUUAGCUUUACUGGAUGCUUUGAUGAUAUUCCAACAGGGCUCAUCAGAUGAUUGGUCGGAUAUGAUUCGCCUUUGCCUUGGCCUAUUACUGAAGUGCUCACUCCACCCUAAUCCCGGCAUUGUUGCUAUGGCUACUGCCAAACUUCAUGCGAUACUGCAAAGUCGAUCAACAGAUGAUCCAAAUGAGCUAUCCUACCUCUUAUACAGCAUUAACAAAGCGCUUGACAAUGCUAUCGAAGUCGGUAAUCCUGAGGAGUAUUCAUUCCUCAUGCCAGUGAUGAAGGCGUUAUUAGAAAAAUGUCGCUCCCCUUUCAGUCUAGAUGUGAAUCUGCCAGACUUACCAUCAACAUCGUCUGGGCCAGUUUUCUUCAAUGACUUUCAAAUGUAUAGUACCAGUAAAAAGUGGAGAGUAUUUAUCGAAAGAGUGGUUAAGCCACUCUAUGAUCGUUAUCAACGUGAAAUCGAGCUGAACUUGUGGGAGCCCAUCAAUCGUUUCUGGGCCGAAUGCUAUGAAGCAUGCAAAGCAGCCUCAAUGCAGCGCGCUAAUUACCAGGCGGCCAAUCGACGCGUCUUCCAAGAAAAAAUCUACAGGCACUGGAAACGACGGCAGGUCGAGGAGAUGACUCGUCUUAAUUCAGAAGCACUGCACCAGAAAACGUUGGACAGUCAUAUACGGAUGAAAUGGAAAAUCGCCAAACGAUAUCUGUAUGGACCGCGCGGUCCCUGGUUUAUGGGAGAGAUUCCUGAGGAAUCCUGGACAUUAUCACCUCACGAGAACGUAGCUCGUAUGCGUCUUAAGCUAGAGCCUCAACUAUAUCCAAAUAAGCAUGAGAGUGCUGCGAAUCUGCGUGACAAUGCUACAAAUCCCUAUGACACAAAGGAAAUAUCCGAAUUCGACUCAACCAUUAAGAAUGCUGUGGUACGGGAUUUUCUUGCGGACGAUGAGAGCGCACAACUAGAAGAAGAACUACGACAACAAAUUGAUACGCAGUCACAGCAGGAUGUAGCCCUUGAGAACUCGGUCAUAUCCCAAGAUUGCGAACUCAUUACUCUUAUGACGAAAGUAAAGGGACGCAUUGAGGUUAACCAAAGCGUAUUCACUUUUGUCGAUUUGAGUGCACCAACGGAGGACGGCUCAAAAUAUGAUAUCAGGUUUUCAAUUACAAAAAUACGUGAAGUUCAUUUACGAAAAUAUAACUUAAGACGUUGCGCCCUGGAAAUUUUUUUGAUCGAUCAAACCAGUUUUUUCCUUGAUUUCUCAACACAGAAGACUCGUAACAAAGUAUUCACAAAAAUAGUUGGUCUUCCGCUACCAAACAUAUUAUAUGGCUCGGGACGUUCACCAUCUGAGAUAUUGCGAGCUUCGGGCUUAACACAACGAUGGGCUAUUCGUGAGAUUUCCAACUUUGAAUACUUGAUGUACCUAAACACGAUUGCAGGUAGAUCUUACAACGACCUCAGCCAGUAUCCCGUCUUUCCGUGGAUACUUGCCGAUUACACGAGUGACGUGUUGGACUUGACAGAUCCGAAAUCAUUUCGUGACUUAUCUAAACCAGUUGGUUGCAUCAAUCCUAAAAACGAAGCCGAAGUGCGUUCCAAAUAUGAAUCUUUUGAGGACCCAUCUGGUGCCAUUCCUAAAUUUCAUUAUGGCACACACUAUUCGAAUUCUGCAGGUGUACUGCAUUAUCUUUUACGUGUCGAACCAUUUACUUCACUUCACAUAGAUCUACAGAGCGGCCGGUUUGACGUAGCCGACCGACAAUUCCAUUCAAUUCCCCAGACGUGGAAGCUAUUAAUGGACAAUCCAAACGAUGUUAAAGAACUCAUACCAGAAUUCUUCUACUUUCCUGAGUUCCUUAAGAAUAUGAAUAAUUUUGAUUUAGGACACUUACAAAUCACCAAAGAAAAGGUAGAUGAUGUUAUAUUACCGGCAUGGGCGACAACGCCAGAGGAGUUCAUAGCCAUUCAUCGGCGUGCGCUAGAAUCAGAAUAUGUUAGUCAGCAUCUCCACCAUUGGAUUGAUUUAAUUUUUGGCUAUAAACAGAGAGGUCCCAAAGCUGUAGAAGCGCUGAAUGUGUUUUACUAUUGUUCGUACGAAGGAGCUGUGGAUUUAGACAAAAUAACGAAUCCAGUCGAGAGGGAAGCUGUCGAAGGAAUGAUUAACAACUUUGGCCAAGUACCAUCUCAAUUGCUACGAGAACCGCAUCCGCGCCGCUUAACUCAAGAGGAAACAAUAAUGAAACUGAUUCGCGCGGAGCUCAGGCGACCCGAUCUGACACAGUUUCUCGACAAAGUAGUACAGUACUACUGCGAACUCUCUACUCCAAAAGAUCCGAUCGUCUAUCUAAGUCCACCCCGUAGCCCACCACGGUCAUUCCUACAGCUUAGUCCCGACGUAUUAGUUAGCGUAUCGAAAUCAUCAAUCCUGGGCUGUAAUUCUUGGAUGUCUUUUGACAAGGACCAAGGCUUCUUAUUGGAAAUCGACGCUACAACGACAAAUAUUAAAAAUCGCAAGCGGGUAUUUGGUCCUUUCCAUCCCUCGCAAUCGCCACACUCGCAAAUGUUUGCGGUUAGUACAGAUGGAAAACUGUUGUAUGCGGGAGGCAUUUGGGACAACGCCUUACGAGUUUAUAACUUGAACAAAGGGAAAGCUAUUGCCUCUGUCACGCGACAUCUUGAUAUAAUAACCUGCCUGGCGUUGGACAACUGUGGCUCCUACUUAGUGACUGGAUCACGGGACUGCACUUGCAUUAUCUGGAGUCUGCAAUCUAACCAACAAAGUGGCAGUCAACCUAAUAGCAUUCCAGUCCACGCUCUCACAGGUCAAUCACACUUACAGGCCAUUACCCAGCUAAACACACAAAAUAGCUUUUCUCCCAAGCCUCUGACGGUACUCUAUGGACACGACGACACUAUUUCCAGUGUUGCCAUCUACACAGAACUGGACCUGGUCGUAUCAGGCUCUUUGGAUGGAACAGUCAAUGUGUACACCUUACAAGAAGGUCAGUUCGUGCGGACCUUAAAACCCAUUGGCUGCACCGAGUCCUGUGUGCAAAUCUCCUUCCUUACAGUUUCAUAUCACGGUCAUAUUGCCUUCAGUGCAUUGGACGACACCUCGCAUUCAGUGCACGUGUACAGCAUCAAUGGAGUUAGCCUCGGCUCUAAAUAUGUAUCUGGUCGGGUGACGGGCCUGGCCACAGCUUCGGAUUAUUUGGUGGUCGCCGAUGAUGCCGGCGAUAUAACUAUGAGUCGCAUACAUGGUCUAAAACCCGUCUUCGACAUUCCACUGCAUGUUCCCAUACAAACUGUUGUGGUGACCCCGGGCAACACACACAUCCUGGCACCACUGCGGGACGGGCGACUGGCGGUGGUCGCCGUACAGUUGCCAUCUGCGAGCAACAAAAAGCAUUCCGUGCUAAAUGUUUAAGAAAACAGGAAACAUUUUGGACCAAUAGAAGCCCCACUAAAUGAGCCAAAGCGGCGGCAGGCUUCAUUGUCCUUCAGCAUUGAACAGGCAAAUCUUUGUUUAUUUAUUUCCUUUUGUUUGUCAUCUAUUUUUGUGAGUUGUUUAUCGCUUUUUUAUGUCCCCGACUAAGCCCAUAGAAAUGCGAUGUUCCUAGAAAAAUGGGUGAGCCCAGCGUCGGACUAUUUUAUUGUUAUUCAUUUGCUUAGCAUUUGUCCAUUUGUUUUUUAUUACGUGCCAAAAACAAAGAAAAAACACCAUAAAGUUAGCCGAAAACUAUUUCUUUAUCAAAUUUCCUCUUCAUUUAAUGGCUUUCCCUAAAAAUCGGCAAGUGACUGAAUCUGUUCCAUCAGUGUAUUCGUAAAUUAAGCAGAAAUAAGAUGUUAUCUAUGUACGAGCAUUCGCCAGAACUUCGAUGACACACACAAAUGGCUGUGGGCCAACUCAAAAGGCUUUACUAAAAGACGAAUUUCCGAUUCAUUUCUCUUCGAUUUGUCGUUCUCAAUGGCACCUGCGACCAACGUGCUCCCACUCCCGCCCCUUCAGCGAUUAGAAUCUAAUACGUUGGCCCACGCACGCCCAAUGAUUUGACAAAAUCAUAUAAAUCAUUUGAUUAUUAAUCAUUUUGCUGACGUGUAUCGACUCUUAGCUCUUUGCGUUCGGCCCGAGUAUAGGAAAAAGAAAGAAAGACCGACCGGCAGGCAGACGAAGACUGAAGACUGAAGACAGAAAAAACUGGUUGUUGUCUGUUGCUCGACCCUCAUGCUCGUCUACUCGAGCGAUUGACUCACGCGCAACUUUCAAAUUGGCGCACACAUUCUGCCCGGCAACAGUAAGUCAAGGGGAAUGCCACUAUAGCCAGAUCCGAACUGACGCGUCGGCAGCAUCCAGCUGCCCAAGCGCUUCAAGCAAGCGGUUGGGCGUCGCGAUUUAAACACUUUCGUUGACACUUUCAGCUUCUAUGGCAACACAAUCGUUGAAAGCAUAGCCAAAAAUAAAGUGCAUCAACGUAAUACGUUUUCCAAUGUACGAGUACAUCAUCGACCUCCUUAUUUCCGAUAAACUAUCGUCCAAUACUAUAGAUUCCAUUUGAUAAGUAUUAAAAUAGUUGUAACGUGAACAUGAAAUGUGAACAUCAUUAGAAUGUCUAGAGUCCGUCCCCUAAACAAUACGACACAUUUGAAAAGUUGACCAUUAUACUUUUAGUUCGUACAUCAUAUAAUACAUAUAAUAAAACUUACAUUCGGUCGUUUAGUUGCCAAUUUCAAUAUACAAGUAUUGUGAAAUUUGUUCAGUUUCGUCUCAGUCCCUGCUGCAGCAUACAUAGGAAAAUUCGUAUUACCAGAUACAUAUAGUAUAUGUUUAAGUACAUACUUACAGUAUUUAAGAUUUUUAGAUAUGCUUUUGUGACUCGUGACAAUAGAGUGUACCACAAUUGAUUCCAAGGAGACGAGACGAGGAGAAAGUACGUAAUUUUACCUUCCAGUUGUUGGUACAAGAUUAGGGAUUCUGUGCAGCCUGUCACAUUUAUUUGAGCAAAAUGUGAGCGAUACACAUACAUACAUAUGUUUGUGUGCAAUCCAAAAAAUUAGAUGAAUAAUGUAACCUCUAUAUAUUUCUAUAUUUCAUUGAACGGAACAACAUCAAAUAGAAGUGAUUGUUUCUACUCUAAAAGAGGCAACCUUGAUGUUUUUGAUGAGAUAAUCGCGCUUCCCCUAACACACAAUUUUGUAUUGCACAUUUAUAGUCUUUGGGAUACGCCAUACUUCGAUUUGUGUACCAUAUUGCGGAAUCGGUUGCAAGGUUUAGGCCUACCAAUCAUUCAAUUAUAUGCACAAUCACAUAACACGAUUUCCGUAUCAUCGGUACACAUCAUCUUGUUUUAGUUUUAUUCGAUUAGUUUCCUCAAAAAAGCCACAGAGGAAACGAUAAACAAAUAAAUUUAAUAUUAUUUUGCAAUUAAUUAACCUACGGCACUUAUCUAAGGAACUAAAUAUCAAUACCAAAUCUAUUAAAUUAAAUGUGCCCUACUGUAUUGUUAUAGUAGUUCUAUCUAUCUA